AUGUCAGAAUUUCCUUCCUUCUUAAGGCUGAAUAAUAUUCCAUUGUAUGUAAGUACCACAUUUUGUUUAUCUGUUCCUCUGUCGGUGGACAUUGGGUUGCUUCUGCCUUCUGGUUGUUGUGAAUAAUGAUGUUAUGAACAUGGGUAUGCAAAUAUCUAUUCAAGUCCCUGCAUUCAAAUCUUUUGGGUAUAUACCCAGAAGUGGAAUUACUGGAUAAUAUAGUAAUUCCAUGUUUAAAUUUCUGAGGAAUCACCAUCCUGUUUUCCGUAGCAGCAAUUUUACACAAUUUUAAGGCCAUUUCCAGUUAUUUUAGUAAGGAUUUUGUGAUACCCAAGUAGGCCUCCACAUACCUCAUGGAAUGUGAAAUUUCUAAAACAAAAUUACUUUAUUAAAACAUUCCAUACAGAACUUUUAACAAGAGAGGAUAUAUAAUAAAGGAUUACUAAAAAUGGUGCCUCAGUGCUUUAUUUCUCUUCAGAAAUAAAGCCUUAAAAGAGAUGUAUAUAGGUGGGCUCAAUGAAAAAGUGUUUUUUCCCAAGGUGAUAACUUAUGGGGGGCAUUUAAAGGGUUAAAGCAGUUGCAAUUUUGUAUACCUCACCACUCACCUUCUUCUCUGGAUCUUAGACCUGGCCUGCAUUUCCUAGGGCCACAGUGAGCUGAAACACACAUUCCCUGCACCUACUCCAGGCCAAACACACUCCUGAGUCUGGAGAGAGCUAGCCCAGGAGAAAUGGCACAGCAAAUCCACCCCUAUCAUCAUACAAUUCCCUUUCUCACUUUCGUAUUUUAUUUCACUAUUUUAUAUGGUUUUAUUUGUUUGCAUGUUUCUUGUUUGCCUCCCUCCAUCAGAAUGUAAGCUCCCUAAGAAUCCAGACUUGUUUAGCAUACCUUUCCUACAUUCAUGCCAGACACAAAAUAAGUCCUUAAUAAAUAUUUUUUGAAUGAAUAGGUUAUCAAAUGAAUGAAAUUUGCUUUCCUAGUCUAUUGCCAUCUACUCAAACUAUUUAAAAAAUUCUAAAAUAUUCUGAACGCUCAGAAAACCACCCUCUAUACAUAUCUAACAAAUCCUAAGGUUUUAGCAUCUUGCCUCAAAUUUUCUUUUGUCACUUAAAAAGAAGGAAAAAGAUAAAAAUAUGUAGGAUAUGGAGAGGUGGCUCACUUGGGGAGUCUGUAAAAAUGGGCAGUCUUUGUUUAUCCAGAAGAGGAGUGGUUCAUUUGCAUUGCUUAUAUAAACUCAAACUACAAAUCCCAGGCAGCACUGCAACAGUUUGGUAGCGGUCUAUUAUUUUUUUCUUCCGUAAACAGCCAAUGAAAGGUAGUUUACACAGGUCUUGGAUGACAUCUGGUGUAUUGGCUGUGUCCAGCCUUAAAUCUAGUUAGUGCAGUUUGGAAUGUGCUGCUGUAAACCAGAUUUAAAACAGGCUUUUACUGUUCAUUCGCAGCUCAUUGCGUCUCUUGUUUCACGGGCAAGAAGAGCUGAUUUAGUGAUCUAAAUGGAUGCAAUACUGAAUUACAAAUUGGAUGAUACUGAAGAUUACUACACGUUACUGGGAUGUGAUGAACUGUCUUCGGUUGAACAAAUCCUGGCAGAAUUUAAGGUCAGAGCCCUGGAAUGUCACCCUGACAAGCAUCCUGAAAACUCCAAAGCGGUGGAGACUUUUCAGAAACUGCAGAAGGCAAAGGAGAUUCUGACUAAUGAAGAGAGUCGAGCCCGCUAUGACCACUGGCGAAGGAGCCAGAUGUCGAUGCCAUUCCAGCAGUGGGAAGCUUUGAGUGACUCGGUGAAAACGUCAAUGCACUGGGCUGUCAGAGGAAAAAAAGAUCUAAUGCUGGAAGAAACUGACCAGACUCAUACCAACAAGGUUGAAAAUGAGGAAUGGAACAAGCAAAGAGAAAGAAAGAAAGAGGAGCUGGGUUCAACCACAGAGAAAAUGGAGCAAAAAGAAUCUGAGUCCCUGGAGAAGUCAUCCUCCCCACCGAAUCCAGACUCUUCAAGUUUUUCGGAUGUGAACAGUUGGCACCUUCGUUUCCGCUGGUCCGGGAAUGCCCCUUCAGAACUCCUGAGAAAAUUCAGAAACUACAAAAUAUGAAAUGCCCUGCUCCAUAGGAGAGAGAGCGAGUGAGCAAGACCAGCCACUGUGCUGCCAACACGCAUGCAGUCUUUGUUCAAAUCUUUAAAAUGUCAUGUUUCUAUGUCACGUUUGUGAAUUGCUGAGUACUGAUUGAUCCCUCCACCCUUGAACCCGUUAUCACAAUGUGUUUUUUAAAUGAGAAAAAUUUCAGAAGACAAGUGUCUUUUAAUAUUUGAAUAAAUUAAGGCUCUUAGAUCCAGAGUAGAUUGUAUUAUGUAUGUUUUCCUGUUAAUGUUGUUUAUAGAAACCCACUUUUUAAUCGAUCUCUGUAUUUAAAUAUUUCAUUGAUAUAUGAUGAUCUCUAUUAGUACUGGAUGUACAAGAAAUGUUUUCUGACUCUGGACUUAAAAUGAAAUGUGAAAUGACUUGUCUAGACCCCAUAGAAUGAAAUAAAUAAUUUCCCCAAAGUUCGAAA